AUGGAAGACGUCCUCCGCCCAAGCAAAGAAGCCUUUGAAUACACCCUCCGCGCGAGCUAUCAGCUAUGGUCAACCCAUAUCAACACCAGUGAUACCCGCCUUCCAUUGGAGUGCAUCGACCUGAAACCCCUUCUCAAAGACACGCCUGCAUUUCUCGCCCAUGGAUUGAUCCCAUCGGACAAAACAUUCUCAUUUGCUUGUGCCAAAAUCCGGGGCGAUCUUGAAAUAAAGGGGCAGUCGAGAUGGCGGACGUCCAGAGCUGGAGCAGAUUGCAUAACCCCGCCUAAGGCCAUACAUUUGGGGCUUGGAUGUCAUGCUUUGGAAUAUGAGGGUUGGGAUUGGGAGCUUGGGGAUGGGUCGAGGGUUGAGGAUACGGGGGUAGAGGCGCGGUUUGCCUCGUUGCUUUCAGCGUCCGCGCCUACGUCGUCUAUGCCUGUGCCUGCUUCUAUGUGUGUCUUGUCCCAAACCAGAGUUUACUUCUGCGGAUCUUCCCGCUCUACCGAAGGAUUGUGA